AUUCGAAUCUGGGCUCGGCCCAGUGCCAUCGAUGAGGGCCAUGGUGAUUAUGCCCUGAAUGUGACAGGCCCCAUCCUAAACUUCUUUGCCCAACAUUAUAAUACAUCCUACCCUCUAGAAAAGUCUGACCAGAUUGCCUUGCCUGACUUCAACGCUGGAGCCAUGGAGAACUGGGGGCUAGUGACCUACCGUGAGAGUGCCCUGCUCUAUGAUCCUCUGUCCUCCUCCAUCGGCAACAAGGAGCGGGUGGUCACCGUGAUUGCUCAUGAGCUGGCCCAUCAGUGGUUCGGUAACCUGGUGACAGUGGCCUGGUGGAAUGACCUGUGGCUGAACGAGGGCUUUGCCUCCUAUGUGGAAUAUCUGGGUGCUGAUUACGCAGAGCCCACCUGGAGUCUGAAAGACCUCAUAGUGCAGAAUGAAGUGUAUCGUGUGAUGGCCGUGGACGCACUCGCCUCCUCCCACCCGUUGUCCAGCCCUGCUGACGAGGUCAACACACCAGCCCAGAUCAGUGAGCUGUUUGACAGCAUCACCUACAGCAAGGGAGCUUCGGUCAUUAGGAUGCUGUCUAGUUUCCUGACAGAGGACCUGUUCAAGAAGGGACUUUCAUCUUAUCUCCAUGCCUUCGAAUACUCAAACACUGUUUAUCUGGACCUGUGGGAGCACCUGCAGAAGGCCGUGGAUGCACAGACAACAAUUAAACUCCCAGCCCCCGUGCGCACCAUUAUGGACCGCUGGAUUCUACAGAUGGGCUUUCCUGUUAUCACUUUGGACACCACUACAGGAGAAAUUUCCCAGGAACACUUCCUCCUUGACCCCCAGUCCAAUGUCACCCGCCCCUCAGAGUUUAACUAUAUUUGGAUCGUGCCCAUUCCGUAUCGCAAAGGUGAAACACAGCAGCAGCAGGAGGCUCACUACUGGCUGGAAACCCAGAAAUCCCAGAAUAAUGCCUUCAAGACCUCUGGGAAUGACGAGUGGGUCUUGCUGAACCUUGGUGUGACAGGCUACUACCAGGUGAACUACGAUGAAGGCAACUGGAAGAAGAUUCAGAAUCAGCUGCAAACAAACCUUUCUGCUAUCCCUGUCAUCAAUCGUGCACAGAUUAUCCAUGACUCCUUCGACCUGGCCAGUGCUCAAAAGGUGAACAUCACAUUGGCGCUGGACAAUACCCUCUUUCUCCAGAAAGAAACUGAGUACAUGCCCUGGGAGGCCGCCCUGAGCAGCCUCAACUACUUCAAGCUCAUGUUUGACCGCUCGGAGGUCUAUGGCCCCAUGAAGAGUUACCUGAAGAAGCAAGUCACGCCCCUCUUCGAAUACUUCAAAAAUUAUACCAACAACUGGGCCAACCUCCCACCAACACUGAUGGAACAGUACAAUGAAGUUAAUGCCAUCAGCACAGCUUGCUCUAGUGGUCUCAAAGAGUGCAAGGACCUGGUUUCUGGGCUUUAUAGUCAUUGGAUGAGCAACCCUAACAAUAACCCGAUCCACCCCAACCUUCGGUCUACUGUUUACUGCAACGCCAUUUCUUUUGGUGGCGAGGAAGAGUGGAACUUUGCCUGGGAACAGUUCCGGAAUGCCACUCUGGUAAAUGAGGCAGACAAACUCCGAGCAGCCCUGGCCUGUAGCAAAGACGUGUGGAUUUUGAACAGGUACCUGAGCUACACUCUGAAUCCUGACUACAUCCGGAGGCAGGAUGCCACCUCCACCAUCAUCAGCAUUGCCAGUAAUGUGGCCGGGCAAACUCUGGUUUGGGAUUUUGUCCGAAGCAACUGGAAGACACUCUUUGAGAAUUAUGGAGGAGGAUCUUUCUCCUUUGCCAAUCUCAUCCAAGGAGUGACCAGGCGCUUCUCCACCGAAUUCGAGCUGCAGCAGCUGGAGCAGUUUAAGGAGGAGAACAAAGACACAGGCUUUGGCUCAGGCACUCGGGCUCUGGAGCAAGCCCUGGAGAAGACGAAAGCCAACAUCAAGUGGGUGAAGGAGAACAAGGAGGUGGUGCUCCAGUGGUUCACUCAAAACAGCCAGUAGAUCCUGGCCCUGAGAGCCACUCGACUCCGUGGGACACCGACGACUAGCUCAGCAGCCUGUUCAGGCUCUCUGUCCUCAGAGCUCCAGACACCAGCAUCCUACUCUCAAAGAUCCUGUGGAGCCACCCUAGCUUCUAACUGUCAGGCUGCUCUGGCACCUCCCAGCCCUUGCCUCUCGUGCCAACUCUGCCCCAGGCCCAGGCCUCUGGGGCUGA